AUGACGGCUAUUGUAGAAGGACUGUUUGCACCAAUUCAAACCUCCAUUAAAAGCAUGGUACAAGAGAUCAAAGAAAUAGCGAAAACGGCUGACACAGCGGCUGAACUCGCGAUCACGAUGCAGGAAGAGGUUGGUGAUGAUAAAACCGUGAAGCAUUGGAAGAUGGAGGGGCCAGCUUAUGGCGUACCAGAAGAACCAAUACAUACAAUUCUUGGAAAGACGGUGUACACAGGAAUUGAUCAUCAUUUGAAAGAGCCUAUUUUUGCCACAUGUGGUCAUCAAGUUGAUAUCUGGAAUGAACAAAGAACCAGUCCAUUAUGCUCUUUGACUUGGGGAGUUGAUAGCAUAAGUAGUGUUAAAUUCAAUCCAAUUGAGAUGUAUCUUUUGGGAAGUUGUGCUUCAGACAGGAAUAUUGUGUUAUAUGACAUGAGGCAAUCAACAGCUCUGAAGAAGGUUAUCUUAGAUAUGAGAACAAAUACUCUGUGCUGGAAUCCUAUGGAAGCUUCCAUUUUCACUGCAGCAAAUGAGGACUACAACUUGUAUACUUUUGAUAUGCGAUUUCUUGACAAGCCUUUAAUGGUUCACAUGGAUCAUGUGUCUGCAGUCCUUGAUGUGGAUUACUCCCCUACUGGGAAAGAAUUUGUGUCUGCCAGCUUUGAUAAAUCUAUUCGUAUUUUCCCUGUAGACAAAGGUCACAGCAGGGAAGUCUAUCAUACCAAGCGAAUGCAGCAUGUCAUCAGUGUCAAAUGGACAUCUGAUAAUAAAUAUAUUUUGUGUGGUUCUGAUGAAAUGAACAUUCGUUUGUGGAAAGCUAAUGCUUCUGAAAAGCUGGGUGUGCUUAAUCCCCGAGAGAAAGCAGCUAUGCUCUAUAACCAAAAACUGAAGGAAAAAUUCCAGCACCACCCCCAGAUCAAGCGUAUAGCUCGCCAUCGUCAUUUGCCAAAGGUCAUCUACAGCCAAGCCAAGGAGCUGCACAUCAUGAGAGAAGCUCGUCGGCGAAAGGAAUUGAACCGGCGCAAGCAUAGCAAACCUGGAUCGGUACCACUCGUAUCAGAGAAGAAGAAACAUAUUGUGGCUAUAGUGAAAUGAUUUACAUGGUUACCAAAUUUUACUGUUUGUUGUUACCAAAUACAAUCCCAAGAUUUUACUUUUUAACCCCCAAUCCAUUACCACUGUGACAUUUUUGGACAUUAUAUUAAAAAUCACUAGAAAAACUUGUAUCCAGGCUGUUUUUAAGAAUUCCAGCAAUCUGUUACUGUUUUGCACCACUUGUAAUCAAUUUUUGCCUCGCCUGAAAAUGAUAGAGGUAUUAUGUGUGCUGCUGCUGCUGACUUACUAUAGAAGAUGAACUG